CUUUUAUUUGAUACCAGAGAGCCCAAUGGAGCCUUCUGAAGAACCUAGUCAAAUUAGCAAAGAUAACUUUUUAGAAGUUCCUAAUUUAUCCGAUUCCCUUUCUGAAGAUGAAGAAGUUAAACCUACUUUCAAAGCUGGUUUCUCCCCUCAACCAAGUAGAAGAGGUUCUGAGUCUUCUGAAGACAUGUAUGUGGACACCCCAUCUUCAGGUUCAAGAAGAGUUUCAUUUGCUGAUACCUUUGGAUUCAAUCUUGUGUCUGUCAAAGAAUUUGAUUGCUGGGAAUUACCGAGUGGUUCAACCAAUUUGGACUUAAGCAAGGACAUUUUCCACAUGGAAGAAUAUGUUUUAUCUCCACUAUUUGAUUUGCCUUCUUCAAAAGAAGAUCUUAUGCAAAAACUUCAAGUACAGAAAGCAGUACUGGAAUCAACUGAGUAUCUUCCUGGGUCUACAAGUAUGAAGGGAAUUAUUCGAGUUCUGAAUAUUUCUUUUCAGAAGUUAGUAUAUGUGAGAAUGUCCUUAGAUGAUUGGCAGACAUACUAUGACAUCUUAGCAGAAUAUGUCCCUAAUUCUUGUGAUGGUGAAACCGACCAGUUCACCUUUAAGAUUGUAUUGGUUCCUCCUUAUCAAAAAGACGGCAGUAGAGUUGAGUUUUGUAUACGUUAUGAAACUUCUGUUGGAACGUUUUGGUCAAAUAACAAUGGCAUAAAUUAUACAUUGGUUUGUCAAAAGAAAGAACAAGAGCUGGAACCUGUAAAACCAAAGGAAGAAGUAUCUAGUAAACAUAUAAAAGGCUGCUUAAAGAUAAAAUCAAGAGGAGAGAAUCAUCAAGGAAUACCUAUUAAACAGGUUGCAACUUGCUCUACAUGUUAUAGAAAAGCAGAAUUUAGGAACGACAGACUUAUUGUCAAAAAGCUCAUAAAAGAAGUCACGUUUAAUUGGAUUUUUCUGCAAGUUAAAGAUUCAGCUUUAAAACUACAGAUAAAUGAACGCUUAAUACAAACUAGAAGUACUCCUCCCAGAGAUGAAAAGAAUACAUUUUCAACAGAUCCAGUCGAUUUUCCAAAUAAAGCUGAAGGAUUAGAGAAGAAGAAAAUCCAUGGUGAAAUAUGCACUGACUUGUUCAAAAGGCGUUCGUCUCCAAGUUCAUCAGCAGAAAGCUCCUUAAAGGGAAACUUUUACCGCAACGAAAAAUAUUCCUCAGGAAAUGAGUGUAGUUAUCAACCUUCAGAGGAAAUUACUUCAGGUAUGGGAGAAAUCAAGCCGUCACUGGGAGAUGCCAAUAGCGAUGAAUUAGUGCAAUUAUGCAUCAACAGCAAAGAAAAACUGGAUGAUAAUGCUAAUCCAGCCCAAGAGAGGCGCAGAGUGCAGAUAUCUUGUCCUUUCUCAGAUCAACUAAUGGCAAGCACCCUUAAGAAAAAACGUAAAGGAGAAGCUAAGAAAAUUGAAAUAAAAGAUCAGGAAUGUUUAAAAAAAGAUUUCCAUUUGGAUGAAUCUGCAUACCUGGAAGAAUCAACAGGAAAAGGAUCUUCCAGGAAAGAUUAUGGCAGUGGUAAGGAUGAGGAAGAGCAAAAAAUACAUUUAAGUCUUCAUGAAAAGGGAAACAAUUUUCAAUCAACCUUGCAUGACCAAGAAAGGAAGGUAGGUCACCCUGAAGUAAGUGUGGAAGUAUUAGGAGCUAGUAGCAGAGACCUAACUGCUCUGUCGAGCAAGGAGAGCACAGUUCCCAGCCAGGCAAUAACAGCAGAUACGUUUCCUUCACCAAGGACACAUUUAAGCUGGGAAGAAGUUGUGUUAACAACCCCAGAGCGUGAUUUCACGACCGCUGGAGGCACCACUUUAGGAGGGAUGCCUGGGCAAGUUUGUUCACCAAGAAAUGAAAAUUCUUUCAAGAAUGAUUACCCUUUCCAAGUUGUGGAAGAAAAAUCAGAUUGCAUUAAUCCUGAAGAUCAGAAUAAGAACACACAGCAUAAACACAGUUGGAAUGUUCUAGAAAGUCAGGGAAAAGCAAGAGGGAGUAAAACAAAUAUAACAGAACAGAUCACAGAACAAGCAGAUUGUGAAGACGUGUGGGAAAAAAGAGAUAACACAAGGAGUUUGAAAGGUACUCCUACAGAAGAAUUGUUUACCUGCCAAGAAACAGCGAGCUGUGAACUGUCUUCUCUAGCCGAUCAUGGUAUCACUGAGAAAGCAGAAGCAGGUACAGCUUGUAUAAUUAAGACAACAUCAGAAAGUACCCUAGAAAGCAUGUCUGCUAGAGAAAAAGCAAUAAUUGCUAAGCUACCUCAAGAGACAGCAAGAAGUGACAGGCCCAUCGAGGAAAAGGAAACAGCGUUUGAUCCACAUGAAGGGAGGAAUGAUGAUUCACAUUAUACCCUUUGUCAACGGGAUACAGUAGGUGUAAUCCAUGACAAUGAUUUUGAAAAGGAAUCACAUUCAGAUAUUUGUAAUGUACAUGUAGAUGAAAUGGAGAAGGAAGAAACCAUGUGUAUGUACAAUCCUGGAAAGACACAUGACAGGGAGAAAAGUAGCAUUGGAAAUAUAACAUCUGUAGAAGAAUCCUUACAGGUCCUUACAGGGAACCGUAAAACAGCUUCAAAACGGGAUUCACAUUUGGAGAUGUUGCCAACAGAUGAAAAAAUGUUUCCAGAAAAUAGAGAUGAUGGGAAAGUCCAAGAAUUAUCAACGAAAAUAGACUUAGAUGUCCUCGCUCCUUCUGCUUUUAACUCAGACACUAAUAAAUCUUCUCAGAAUGGUUCUCACAUUUCUAAUCACCAUACUAAAACUUCAGAGCAGUCUUUAGCGCCAGUGAUUUUAAUCAGUGAACCUUUUGAGAGCAAGGAAGAGGCAAGGCAUGGAAAUGAAGGGUUACUAAAUUCUGAACCAUCAUUAUGCUCUUCAGGUGACAAGGAAUAUGAAAAUUCUGCCUCCGCUAGUCCCCCGGCUGAAGAAAGUCAAGCUCAAAGCAGCGAAUCUCUGCUUUCAAAAUACAUCAACUCUAAAAUACCUUAUUUCCUUUUGUUUCUGAUAUUUCUUGUAACCAUCUACCACUAUGACUUAAUGAUUGGCUUGGCAUUCUACCUUUUUUCACUGUACUGGCUAUUCUGGGAAGAGGGGAGACAAAAGGAGUCUGUCAAAAAGAAGUAACUUCAGCGAUAUUAAUUUUUCUCUUUUAAAACAUAAGGUAUUUAGUCCCAAACAUUUGAAUUGGUGAAAGAGGCUAUUCGUUGUUCAAAGAGCCAGUGCAGUUUUUCUCUUGAAGGAUCAUUUAAAAAGGAAUGCGUAUGAAGUUUUGCUCCUCCAUGUAAGUAAUUAUUCUAUAUAGGACCAUUAUGUUUGGAUCAUUAAAUAUCUAUAUGA